AGAGGAAAAGGGGGAGCUGGGCGUGCCACUUGUUAAUGCUGUUUGCUAUUCUUGUUAUUCUCCCCGUCUUUUCUCUUGUUAGUCUUGACUCUUAUCAUCACCGCACGGCCUCUUCCGCUCCUCUCCUGCCACUCCUUUGGCCCUAUUCCUUUGAAAAAAAGAUAUUUAUUUUGAGGGAAGGCUGAAUUCAUAUAUACAAUCUUGGGGAGGCCUACCUGUCCAGGAGAUGUAAGCUGGUGUUAGGAGUAUUGAGCGAACAGCAGAUAUGAGAUUCACCUCUAUAGUGACGAGUGUUGCGCAUAGGGAUGAAACCAUAAGGUGGAUUGGGACCAAAAUUGCUUUCGCAACUAUUUCAUUUACUUGAUAAAGAUAGCUAAAACGGGUGCUCUUUGCUGUGUGGCCUCUGGGCCACAAGGAGAGAAAUCUAAUUCAGUGAGUAGGGGAUAUUCCAUGGAUCAUGGAGAACCUCACUGGAGAACAAAUUCAAGUUUCUCACCUCCAUUUUCUAGAAGAUGGGAUUGCAGUCUUCAUUCAGAUGGUUUAUCACAUGGGAUUCGUCGAGCUCCCUUUGUUGGAUCAUCACUGUCCUCACAUGGUAAAGGAAGCAGAAGAAAUACGAACCCUAGGCAUUAUCAAAAUCAUCAUCAUUCAAUGUCUGAUGGGGCUCUUUCCUAUAAUGGGAGUCCAUCUGAUAGUUACCCUCCACCACGCUGGACUUCUCCUGCACAAAGAUAUGACCAGCGUGAAUUCUCCACACCAGCUGGAGGGACAAGGGUUGAAACUUCCAUGCCUCUCCACUAUAAUGAAGGGCGUUUUCCUGGCGGGAGUCUCCUCCAAGUCCAACAGUUUUGGUUCAGCUUCCCCAUUUUCAGAAUAUGGUCACUGGGUGUCCACUAGUAAACAGCCAAUCAUUUAUCCAUCUCGCAACUUGUCCGGGAGGCGUUCAUUCAUGUCAAAGCCGGUUUAUCCACUUGCUUUCCGUAAUCCUGUUUCUGAUGGUGAAGCAACAGAGCCACUUGAUGGAAGUAUUGGUGGCAAAACAGGGCACCUUAACAGUAACAGUACAUCGACUAAUAGUUCUUUAAGCCCAGAUCUCAAGUUUCACAAGAUCCUAACUGAACUUCAGAAGAUGGAGGCUUCUCCAGAACCAGGUGCAAGUUCAAGGAGAGAUGGAUUUAGGUGGAGUAAUGCCAGCAGUUACUAUGAUUUUGGAUUUGAGGGAGAUGCCAUCGACGUCAUGGAACAUAUCAGUGAAAAACCUUCAAGAUCUCCUUAUGAUUCAGCCAGAUAUCAGAAAUGCGGGUUAUGCGAGAGAUUCUUGUGGCAGAAAUCACCAUGGAGUUCUUCUAGGAUUGUCAAAAAUGGUGAUCUACCUAUCACUGGUGUACUUCCUUGUGGCCAUGUUUUCCAUGCAGAAUGCCUGGAGGAAACCACACCGAAAGCCCAAGUUCAUGAGCCUCCAUGCGCUGUGUGUUCGAAAGGUGAUAAUGAUGAAGGAUCUACAUCAUUCUUUGAACCUCAACUGACUCGUAAAUCUAUUCAACGGAGUCAUGGAUUCAACUUCACCACUUCAAAUCAUGCGGGAAGUAGCAGUGGUCCUGCUCUGAAUCGGUACCAGUCUCUCCCUGUGCCACGGCAAGGAAGUUCCUCAAUAAAGGAUCAUUUUAAGAAGCGGUUUUCAUUCAAAGGGAAGAUAGGCAAGGAUAUCUUCGGCGCAAAGGUAUUCGGAAGAACCGCACCAUCUCAUGAUAACCGCAACCAAUUUGGUCGGUUCAGAACAUGAUGCAGGACUUAGCCCCAGGUCAGUUCAUUUUCUUUAUGUUUUCAACCAAUGUGAUAUAUCCAAACUCUAUAGCUGAAGCUAGCAGACCAAUCAACGUUGUCAUGUUGAAGUUGUUUCGGUUUUUCUUUAGCUAUACAAUGUAGUUGCAAUGCUGUUUUUAUUUUUAUCA